ACCGACUUGGACGUGGGCAGCAAGAACAUUAAGUAUGUCCUGGCGGGAGAGGGAGCUGGCACCAUCUUCGCCAUUAAUGAGAUGACAGGCGACAUCCACGCCAUGAAGAGGCUGGACCGCGAGGAGAAGGCCGAGUACACGCUCACAGCCCAGGUCAUUAAUGCUGAUACGGACGAACCCCUGGAGCCUCCCUCCGAGUUCAUCAUCAAAGUGCAAGACAUCAAUGACAAUCCUCCGCAGUUCAUCGAGGGCCCGUACCGCGCCUCCGUUCCAGAGAUGUCUGCUGUCGCGACCAUUAAGAUCGCUCUGCAUGGGAUGGAUCGAGAGAUGAGAGAGGAAUACCUGGUUGUCAUUCAGGCCAAGGACAUGGGAGGUCACAUGGGUGGCUUGUCAGGGACCACAACUGUCACUGUCACAUUAACAGAUAUCAAUGACAACCCACCAAAGUUCUCCAAAAAUCUGUAUGAGUUUGUGAUCCCUGAGGACCUAGCCAUUGGAAAAGCAGGGGGCAAGGUGAGGGCAAAUGACAGAGACAUCGCUGAAAACGCCAAGUCAACAUACAGCAUCAUCGAGGGAGACAACCGAGGAAUGUUUGAGAUUUCCACGGAUACACAGACUCAAGAGGGGAUUCUCCGGCUAAAGAAGCCUCUAGACUUUGAGACCACCAACGCCUACACGUUAAGGGUGGAAGCCACCAACAUCCGGUUUGAGCCCAACAGUGGGGGGCCGUUUAAAGAUACAGCCACGGUGAAGAUCGUGGUGGAAGACUCCGAUGAGUCUCCCGUCUUCUCCAAGCCGGUGUACACGCUGGAGGUGAAUGAGAAUGCCCCAGUCGGUACUGUCAUCGGGUCAGUCACUGCCAGGGACCCGGAUGCCACUGGGAGCCUUGUCAGGUACCUCAUCGAUCGGCACACCGACCUAGAGAGGCAGUUCAAUAUCAAUGUCGAUGAUGGGAGCAUCACGCUAGCCAAACCGCUGGACCGUGAGACCCACAUGUGGCACAAUAUCACAGUGACUGCCACCGAAGUCAAAAACCACAGUCAAAUAUCGAGGGCCAUCGUAGCCAUUACAGUAAUGGACAUUAAUGACAAUGCCCCAGUGUUUACCACAGAAUACGAGACCUUUCUUUGUGAAAAUGGAAAACCUGGACAGGUGAUCCAGACUGUCAGUGCAGUGGACAAAGACGACCCAAUUCAGGGCCAUUAUUUUGACUACCGCCUCGACUCAGAGCUGAACAACCCUAACUUCACCAUUAAACAUAACCAAGACAAUUCAAUAAGUGUACUAGCAAAGCAUGAUAGCUUCCGAAGACAGAAGCAGGAAAAGUACUUCCUACCAAUCAUUGUGACAGACAAUGGGAAUCCACCCAUGAGCAGCACCUAUACUUUGACCAUCCGAGUCUGUGGAUGUAGCAAAGAGGGUAUUGUCCAGUCCUGCAACGUAGAGGCCUAUGUCCUGCCUAUUGGUCUCAGCAUGGGAGCUCUCAUUGCCAUUUUGGCCUGCAUCAUACUGCUAUUAGUUAUUGUUGUACUUUUUGUGACCCUGAGAAGACACAAAAAUGAGCCACUGAUAAUCAAGGACGAUGAGGACGUGAGGGAAAACAUCAUCCGUUACGAUGACGAGGGAGGAGGCGAGGAGGACACCGAAGCCUUUGACAUCGCCACGCUGCAGAACCCGGAUGGCAUCAAUGGUUACUUGCCACGCAAAGACAUCAAGCCUGACCUGCAGUUCAUGCCCAGGGCGGGCCAGCACUCAGGCCCUAAUGGCGUGGAUGUGGACGAGUUCAUCAAUGUGCGGCUGCACGAGGCAGACAAUGACCCCACAGCACCGCCCUACGACUCCAUCCAGAUCUAUGGGUAUGAGGGCCGGGGAUCGAUCGCUGGCUCUCUCAGCUCAUUGGAGACGGCAUCAUCGGACUCGGACCAGAACUAUGACUACCUCAGAGAGUGGGGUCCACGCUUCAGAAGACUUGGGGAACUCUACUCAGUGGGUGAGAGUGAUCGAGAGACUUGA